UUUUUCGUUUUGAGAAAUUAAAAUUUUAUUUCUAAAUAUGGCUGCCCUCGUCAAACAACAAACAGCGAAAAAACUUAUUUUUUGAACAAUAGCAAGAGUUUAAACUAUGUCAGCAUACAAAGAGAGUAUUUUAGGGGCAAAAGUGUCAAGCCUACACAGAGUGAUAGAAAAUGGACGCCAACGAUACCUUUGUUUCACAAAAAUGGCUACAAAUUGGUCUCUGAAUGUAACGGACGGCAUUGAUGUCUGGCGGCUUGAGUUGGACGAAGAUGAGUUGGAAUCACAUCGAGAGUUGUCAGAGACGUCAACAAAAGAGGCGUUCCUGUUAAAAAUUAGGAAGGGCUUUACAGAUGGAGAUCUCUCUGUUGCCAUGAUAGGAAAUAAGAUAACCCUGACGAUUGGCAAGGGAGCAGUUGCACUGACCUUUGAUCUUUAUGAAAGUAAGGCAGCUGAAAAGAAAACUGAAUUUCAGGAUAUUUUGUUCAAAUUAGCAUUGUACUCUACGAAAAUUGAAGAGGAACUUGCAACAGCAAACAGAACAAUGGAUAAUUUGAAGGCCCAGGCUGGCAACACUGGUGCAGGGAAUGCAGUCAUGGAUUUAGGUUCUAAACGAGAGGCUCAUGGGAAAAACAAACCAAAGAAAGUUGGCAUGAGUGUAGUGAAUCCAACCAGUAAAAAGAGAAAAGCUGCCACGGGGGUCGUGUUCGACUGAUGUUGGUACCACGGUUGUUUUGUUUUUUUUAUUGUUUAACUAUAUUUUAUAAAGGCAGCAUGUGAGUGUUAUGUGUAACAGCAACUAGGUCCUAAAUGUUGAAAAUCUAGUAAAGGGAGACUACUUUGCCGCUUUGGAUACAUUGAACAGAGAUGCUGAGAUAGACAAUUUCAUGUGUGUUUACAGAAUUGUUGAAAACCUUUGAAUUCAACUGACCAUGAAUAUCCUCAAAUUCACAGUAAUCACAAAUAUUUGUCAUUUUCAUGUUUUUUAUUUUGUUUACAAGAAUAAACAAAUGCAAUACUAUGCAUGAUAAAGAUAAGAUUAAUGGUUAAACUUUUACUUAGAUUAUAUGUUACAUCAUCCUUGCUAACCAAGGAACUUAUAUCUGGAUGUCUAUAGAAUAGUUUUAUUUUAGUAUCAUUAUUUCAGACACUGGUCUUUAUGAAAAGGUAGAUAUAUAUUGGAAAUACUAUAUAUAUAUAUAUAUGACUUAAUGUUGUAUACAUAGUCCAAAAAUAUACAUGGUUUGUUUGUGUUAAUAGACUUUUAGAAAGUGUUUGAUUCAUUAUCAUAGUUUUUAGCUCACCUGAGCUGAAAGCUCAAGUGAGCUUUUCUGAUCACCCGUAUUCCGGCGUCCGUCCGUCCGUCUGUCCGUCCGUCUGUAAACUUUUCACAUUUUCAACUUCUUCUCAACAACCACUGGGCCAAUUUCAACCAAAGUUGGCACAAAACAUCCUUAGGUAAAGGGAAUUCUAAAUUGUUAAAAUAAAGGGCCAGGCCACCUUCCAAGGGGAGAUAAUCAAGAAAAGGUAAAAAUAGGGUAGGGUCAUUAAAAAAUCUUUUUCUCAAGAACCACUGGGCCAGAAAAGAUGAAAUUUAUAGAUAAGCUUUAUUAGGUAGUGCAGAUUCUAAAUUGUUAAAAUCAUGGCCCCCGGGGGUCGGAUGGGGCCACAAUAGGGGAUCAAAAUUUUACAUACAAAUAUAUAGGGAAAAUCUUUAAAAAUCUUCUUCUCAAGAACCACUGAGCCAGAAAAGCUGAGAUUUAUAUGAAAGCUUCCUUAUAUAAUGCAGAUUCUAAAUUGUUAAAAUCAUGGCCCCCGGGGGUCGGAUGGGGCCACAAUAGGGGAUCAAAGUUUUACAUACAAAUAUAUAGGGAAAAUCUUCUUCUCAAGAACCACAGAGCCAGAAAAGCUGAGAUUUAUAUGAAAGCUUCCUUAUAUAAUGCAAAUUCUAAAUUGUUAAAAUCAUGGCCCCCGGAGGUCGGAUGGGGCCACAAUAGGGGGUCAAAGUUUUUUUUGUUUUUUUCUUCGUUUUUUGGGGUUUUUUUUAUAUAGUGCAGAUUCAAGUUCGUUAAAAUCAUGGACCCCGGGGAUUGAAUGGGGCCUCAAGGGGGCAUCAAAGUUUUACAUACAAAUUUAUGGGAAAAAUCUUUUAAAAUCUUCUUCUCAAGAACCACUGAGCCAGAAAAGCUGAGAUUUAUAUGAAAGCUUCCUGAUAUAGUGCAGAUUAUAAAUUGCUAAGAUCAUGGCCCCCGGGGGUCGGAUGGGGCCACAAUAGGGGAUCAAAGUUUUACAUACAAAUAUAUAGGGAAAAUCUUUAAAAAUCUUCUUCCCAGAACCACUAAGCCAGAAAGCUGAGAUUUAUAUGAAAGCUUUCUGAUAUAGUUCAGAUUCAGGUUUGUUGAAAUCAUGCCCCCCUGGGGUAGGAUGGGGCCACAAUAGGGGAUCAAAGUUUUACAUACAAAUAUAUAGGGAAAAUCUUUAAAAAUCUUCUUCUCAAGAACCAUUGGGCCAAAGAAGUUCAUAUUUACAUGAAAGCUUUCUGACAUAGUGUAGAUUCAAGUUUGCAAAAACCAUGGCCUCCAGGGGUAGGUUUGGGGCCAUAAUAGGGACUACGGUUUUACAUGCAAAUAGAUAUGGAAAAUCUUCUGAUAUGGACCAAGGUGACUCAGGUGAGCGAUGUGGCCCAUGGGCCUCUUGUUUUGUUUGCAAAGUUCUCAAUUUAAUACUUUGGUUUUGAAAGAAACUUCAUUAAUUUGAUUAAGGUUUUAUAUAAAAAAUUUAUAUGAUUUAUAUUAAAUAGUGAAAAUUU